AUGCUUGAUAUCAAGCUGUUUGCUGUAUCAGCAAAAAAUCUCCCGACACCUACCUCAAAAUAUAUUUGGAGAAUUAUGGCAAGCCCUGGUAAUGCACAGAAGAGAAAGUCGAGUACAGACCGCCCAAUAUCACCUCCACCAUUGCGUCGCAAAGUACAGUCUACAACAACACAGACUGAUGUUGCAUCAUUUUUCACGCCUACGUCACAAAAACCACCCGAGAAAAUUUCCUGGCAAGAACGCGCACUAAAUGAAGAUUCACCAAACACGCUGUUGGUUGGCAAGUUUGAACCACUGAAUAGCCCAGGCAAGGAAGUCUUAUCACAAAAUUUGGAAAGAAACAAAGUUGCAGCUUUCGAUUUUGACUCCACUCUCAUACAAACAUCGUCUGGAAAGAAACAUUCUACCACUGGCCAAGAUUGGAAGUGGUGGCACCCAUCGGUUCCUGGUACUCUCAGAAAACUAUACUUAGAUGAUGGUUUUCGUGUCGUGGUGAUCAGCAAUCAAGCUGGUAUUUCACUCAAAACAGACCCCAAAUCCCCCAAAGCUCGACUUGCUGAAUUCAAGACAAAAGUAUCUGCAGUCUUCAAUCAUCUCAAUAUCCCAGUGAGCAUAUAUGCAGCAACCGAAAAGGAUAUCUACCGAAAGCCACGAACGGGCAUGUGGAAGGAAUUACUUGAGGACUUUGAUAUUCAUCUUCCAGGUGAUCUCAAACUACAGGAAUCCAUUUUUGUUGGAGAUGCUGCCGGGCGCAACGCAAGUACCGGAAAACCAAAGGACUUUUCUUGUUCAGAUCGGAAUUUCGCUGAGAAUGUCGGGAUCAAAUUCUACACUCCCGAAGAAUAUUUUCUCGACGAAACACCAAGAUCGUUCACUCGCACCUUCGAACCAGGAGAUUACCGCUCUGAAAACACCACAGUGUCCCCGAAGUACAAAAAAGACAACCCGAAAGACAUAGUUAUCUUUUGUGGUAGUCCUGGCGCUGGAAAAUCUACAUUCUAUUGGAAGCAAUUGGAACCUCUUGGUUAUGCCAGAGUUAACCAAGACAUCCUCAAGACAGAGCGUGAUAAAUGUUUUAAAGUCGCUGGUCAAUAUCUAGAUGAGGGGAAGUCUGUGGUCGUGGACAAUACUAAUGCAGAUCGAGAUGUUCGCAGUAAAUGGAUAGCACUGGCUGCCAAGCAUUCCGUGCCGAUCCGCUGUGUUCAUUUUCUAACAAGUGUACAAGUAUGCGAGCACAACGAUGCUGUGCGAGCCUUGAAUGAAACCAUGAACCCUGAAAAGAGAAAGAUACUUCCCAAAUUGGCCUUCACAAGCUUCAAUUCAAGAUACCAACGACCUGAAUUGAUCGAAGGAUUCCAGGAUAUUACAGAAGUACCAUUCAAGUUCGAGGGAAGCGAAGCCCAACGAGAAAUUUGGACUCAACAUUGGAUUUGA